AUGAGGUGGCACGCAGUGGUGAUGCAGCGAUUGUUAAACGGUGCCAAGAAAGUCCGACCGGGACCUCCCACGAUCAUGGGUAACAUCAAAUCUGGUCGAAAUGAGCCUGAAUGUGUAUCUCGUUUCAGGGAGAAUGGCGGAGAUAUUGUUUUGGUAUCUGUCAUCUCCAGGGACGCGCAUGCGAAUGUUGACGUAUGCUCGUUCAUGCUCAGCGUGAGGGUAUCAUUUGAGGCAGAGGUUUCAAUCUGGCGGAUUGAUAUCGAGAACGACAGAUGUGCUGCUCUUUCCCUUGACUCUUCCCGAGGCGGAAAGUGGAAUUAUUCCGAGCAGCCAGCGCCGCGGAGCGGUGGGCACUGGACAAAGUUUGAACUGUUGGUGCUUUUCGGCCUAGGAUACCGUAUCGAGGCAUGCCAGGUGGAGCAAAGGGCGGAAUAUUGGAGCUCUGGGUGUGCGGCGAGGAAGGACCGCACUGGGGUCUGUCCUCUCUGGCCCUGGUCGGACGAGGUGUUUCGAGUGGUGAAGAUCAGACGGGAGCGAGACGAGCUUUUGCUCGUGACGGUAGGGAUGGAAUGCCUAUGUCCUGGCUCGCAGCAGGUCGGCGCUGUGCAGCAAGGCGGCGAUCUAUCCGGAUGCUCCAUGUCCAUGUACCCUGGGAUAAAAAGAGUUACGGGCUGUAUCCUGUGUGCUGACUGUGCCCGUCUCGGUGGACGAAUUCCACGUGUCGGCCCUCUCACAGUCACGCAAAGUCAGCUCCGGGGAGUAGUGAAAGCAGCCUGUCCAUGGAUCGCCGGCCACCAUCAGCAGUCAACUGCCGCCAGAGCGCUUGCUCGCCGACUGGCCGCACAGGUGGCGGGCAAGAGUCAGGGGAGUCAGGACAAGAGCACAAGCAGCCUAGCGCCGUGCUUCCCAUCGCCCAUGGCCCCCCUUACCCAUGCUCAGUGUUGCCCGUGGUUUGCAGGCAGCCUGGACACUCAGCCCUUGUAACUUGGUGCUCCCAUCCUGAAAACGUGGCCAUCCCUGCUGUCCUUGCCGGCGCCUUUGCACCACUGAGACUCGUGCGCCUAUCGUGCAAUUGUGCCCGCUGGCUGGCUGCCCGCUCCUAAACACCCUACCACGCCCCGACCACUUGACGGCUGUCGCCCUCUCCUCCUACCUCUCUCCUUUCAAGGCUCUCCGUGCAGCGACACCACACCAGCCCUACCCGUCGCCGCUGGAAUAAUAAUAUAACCAGUGUGUUGCCGCCUCAACCCGCUUAGCCCCCCCAUCACCACGGCCCUUUCUGGUGAACCUUUGUCCCCCGCAUCCCCAUUGCCAUCGCCCGGCCGCCAGAGCAGCCCCUAACCUCUCCCUCCACCACUCCACCCUCUGAUGCAUUCGGCGUAGGCCUGCCAUUGACAUUUCGCAAUGGGUCAGAACAACGGGAAGCCUGU